AUAAUAUAAAAGACUUAUAAUUGUUGUUUAAAUGCAUACGGAACGGGUGGCAACUCUGUCGGGCAUCGCCAACUCGCAAAUGAACAACAGCUGUUUAACCUGCGAUAGCACAAUACUAUGAGUUUUGAUGCCGAUUGUGAUGAGUUUAUUCAACAAAAACUUUUCCGCACUAGAGGGAAAUGUGCAAUAUAUGCGCGCCAAUCGGAAGUCUACGUCGCAGUGAAGCAAAAGUCCACUUUCCGAGCCACUGCACCCACAUUGGCCAUGGCGGAGGGCAACAACAACAAUGUGAUCAACAUGCGACAUGACAUUUGGUUCCACAUAUCCAUGCACAUUGACCCGGAGGACGUGCAGACCUUCGCUCUCAUAUGUAAACAAACCGCCAGACUGGUGGCUUUACGGGCCUUUUGGCGCAAUCUUUACCGGCGUCACUGCACCGGAGCCACCGCUGCUUGGAAUCUGGUCCUGCCCGCCGAGCUGCAGCUGGAGCAGAUACGCAAAUGUGAUACCCGGGCCCUCAGAUCACUGGUCCUCGAGGCGCUCUUCCACUGCUACCGUCCGUUGAGAGUUCGCCUGCAGCUAGGCUAUAACCUGGACUGGCUGUUGAAUCGCAUCUUAAUUUCCAGUUGGCAGACGCAGGACCAGUGUCUGUGGAUCAUGUGCUACAAGUUUUCGAACCGACUGCCCCAUGUGCAGGACGAAUCGGAGACGGACACCAGCGAAGUUGUUAAUGACUGGGAAUCCCUGGCGGAGAAUGAUACGGCGAAGCUAGCUCCCACUUUGGGCAAUCCCAACGAGGGUGUGGUCAUGCUUAUUGUUCAGUGCCGCCACGUCGUGCCAACUGCCAACCAGUUAUCCUACAGCCGUCAGCAGGCACGCUAUCGCCUACGGGCCACCCGGGAACUCCUCUGCACGGACAUGCGGGCCACGAAGCUAGAGUUGGACUUCGCCGAGGAUGGCUGCCAAAAUGUGUCUGUAACCAUUAAAUACGCUCGCAUAGAAAAGUACAAAGUAUUGCCCUGGUGGCAUCCGGACUUCCAGAGAUUAAAUAAAACCCUCGCCUCAUACUAA